CGGCGCCAGUCGAGAACACGACGCCGCCGUCACCACGUGCGCUACCAAAUUUAAAUAUACCGGCGAGGAAAUCACACGUUAAAGUCGCGCUCUUGUGAACGGGACCUUUAUAGGGUGCCACGUAUUUUUUUUUUACCUGAAAGCACAUAAAAUCGACAGUGUCUAAACUUCUCAAUGGCAACGGAAGAUUUUAUUGUCUAAUUCGAUAAAUGGAAAUACACGGUUAUUGUUAGAUACCGAAGAGGCAUAGACAAAUUUCGCAGUGAAUUUGCACGAUACCACUGAGACAUGAUUGACACUGAAAAAUCAUUCGCAUCAGUUUUGAUCGAUUCGAGCAUCAUUCUUUAACAUUGCAUACUGAUUGGCAAAAUUUUGGAAUUGAAGGAUUUACAAUCACAAAGUGAGUGUCGAAUUGAAAGUGAGAUAACUAGUCGCGAAAAGUUUCCCGAAAUAGAGGACCGAUAAAUACCGUUGCGACGAUGGGAAAGCAAUAAAACGUAAGAUUAAGAAGAAGAGGAUGCUGCAGGGGAACGCAAAUCUCUCAAAAUAACCAAGACAUUCCUGGACCAUAACAUUCUUCAAUUACUAUCAUCAUCUCGAAAUAAAAUAAUUAAGAAAGUUUAUACACAACGUAUUCCUUCGCGACACGAAAUCCCAGCAUCCGCACACAGGAUAAUCGGAAUGUGCCAACUCGAAGAAUAGAUCAUCCCAGUCGUCAAUCUCUUUACACUUUCAUCAUCGAAUCAUUUAAUGGAGUGAUCCAAGAUGCGUCUUAAUUUCAGAACUCUCUUGCUGAUCUCCGCGAUCCUCAAUGCCACGUCGAGCGAGGCUGACUUUUUUUCCGAAAAAAGAGAAUCCGAGUUUGAUCUACUGAAUGCUGCUGGUUAUCCGGAAAAUGACAAAUACCAAUAUAUGGACGAUGGUUUGGAUGGUUUCCCGGCGUUUGUUUUUCGGCCUGGCUCCGACGUCAAACAGCCGUACAGACUGUACUUGCCUGAAAAAUUGCCAGCGGAAUUUACCCUCGUUGCAACUUUCAAAUCCAUGUCCUCCAGUAGCAGCUACCUCUUUGCGGUUCUUAACCCUUUCGAGACGGUCGUCCAGCUUGGGAUAAGAUUGUCGGAGGGACCAGGACAAAAUCAAAAUAUUUCUCUGGUGUACACAAACUCGGACGAACACACGCAUUCCGAGGAAAUAGCGAAAUUCACGGUGCCGCCACUGACGAAGCGGUGGUCCAAGAUUGUCUUCAAAGUCUCGACUACGGACGUCACUCUUUAUUUAAAUUGUCACGAAAUGUCUCGGCAGCGGAUCACCAGGAUCCCACAGGAAUUGGUUUUCGACACUGCGAGCACCCUUUACAUCGCUCAAGCUGGACCGAAUAUUCAGGGGAAGUACGACGGCGUCAUUCAGUCGCUGAAACUUUAUUCCGGCCACCCUCAGGAUCUCGUCAAGUGCAGUCGUGAUUUUGACUUCUUUCCAGGAUCCGGCUCGGGUGAUUAUAACUCGAGCGAGGGCUCGGGUGAUCUUUCCGAUGACGAUCAGUUUGGUAGAGACAAUUACGAGGAUGAAGAGGGUAACAAGCCUCCGCCAUUUAUUACCCCACCACCACCUAAUCCAGAAUCCAAGGGACCAAAGGGUGAUAAGGGAGACAAGGGUGAUAAGGGGGAGAGCGUCAGAGGUCCACCUGGACCUCCGGGUCCUCCCGGGACAGGAUAUGAUCCCAACGACGAAGAUUUCCCGAUGAAACUACCGAUGGGUCCAGCAGGACCCAAGGGUGAGCCUGGAAGCUGCACCUGUAACGCGACAGAAAUAAUGGCCUCCUUCACACUACCAAAAAUGCUACAAGGUCCGAAGGGUGAGCCGGGAUUACCUGGAAAGGAAGGCAAACAAGGGCAAAUGGGUUUGACGGGAGCCGCGGGGCCACCGGGCGAACGAGGACAGCAAGGUCCUCCGGGUGCAAGAGGCGACAAAGGUGACCUAGGAACAACGGGACCAGAAGGUCCGCAAGGUCAAAAAGGUGAACCAGGAAGAGAUGGGGUACCAGGGGAAAAGGGGGCGCAGGGUCCACCUGGCCCACCAGGGAAAGGAGAAUUUUCCGGUCAUGACCCUAGCUGGAAACCACGAAGCAUCUAUAGAGCGGAAGGAAUCACGAUGAGGCCUGGGCUACCGGGUCAGAAAGGGGAUGCAGGUACCCCAGGAAGCACAGGACCCAAGGGCGAGCCAGGAAUAUCAGGUUCGAAGGGCGUGAAAGGCGAACCAGGACUGAAAGGAUCCAAAGGAGAUCAUGGACAGAAUGGUCCCGUGGGUUUACAAGGAUUCAAGGGAGAGCCUGGUGCUCCGGGUGCGCCAGGGGUACCUGGUGCACCAGGAGAGAACGGUAAACCAGCGGAAAAGGGUGCGAAGGGCGACUCUGGCCCCGAAGGAAAGCCAGGCCCCCCGGGACCUGCUGGGCCUCCUGGAACGGGUGGACUGAAUGUAGGAGACAUAGGUGGUGGUGAAAAAGGCGAUAAGGGCGAGACAGGUCCUCGCGGUUACAAGGGCGAUUUAGGGACUAAGGGUGAAAAGGGUGAUAGGGGAGACUUGGGAGCUGCUGGGAUUCCGGGAAUGAACGGAAUUCAAGGUCCUCAAGGUGACAAGGGUGAGCCCGGUCGGGAUGGAGUACCAGGAGUAGCUGGAAGUGCCGGCAGUAAGGGUGAAAGAGGUGAAAGAGGUCCUCCAGGGGUGGCAACCGUAGCUGGUUCCGGCGAUUACGUAACGAUAAAAGGCGAAAAGGGUGCUGAGGGGAAGCGCGGCAGAAGAGGACGUCCAGGACCACCGGGUCCCGUAGGACCACCUGGGAAACCUGGUACUAAUGGAGAAAUAGGUCUUCCAGGGUGGAUGAACACCAUAAAGGGUCGCCCUGGUACGCCUGGAAUUCCGGGGAGUCAAGGUCCUCACGGUCCCAAAGGAGAAAAGGGUGAGGCUGGAGCACCGAGUCCUUAUGGAGUCUCGGUUGGGAUCAAGGGAGACAAAGGAGACAAAGGAGACAAAGGGGAUGAUGGAUUCCCCGGGAGUCCAGGACAGCCUGGACGUGACGGCCAGAGAGGACCAGCAGGACCCCCUGGUACACCAUCGCAGGGAAAUUACGUACCCGUACCAGGACCCCCAGGUCCACCGGGACCUCCUGGUCCGCCAGGAUUGUCACUCACGGGACAAAAGAGCGACUCAGGUCGAAAUCACAUGUUUGGCGAGAGGGAUUACUAUGGCGUCCGGCCAGGACCCAGAAGUAGCCUUGACGAGCUGAAAGCUCUCCGGGAACUCAAACAACUGAAAGAGUUGAAAGAGCAUUUGGGUGGCUCCGCAACCUCGACAAAAGUUCACCAUGAGACCACGACGAAAAUAGUUCCAGGAGCGGUGACAUUCCAGAACACGGCAGCCAUGACUAAGAUGUCGAGCGUCAGUCCCGUGGGUACUUUGGCUUAUAUCAUAGACGAGGAAGCAUUGUUGGUCAGAGUGAACAACGGCUGGCAAUAUAUAGCGCUGGGCUCUCUGUUACCAAUAACGACGCCCGCGCCGUCGACAACAGCGUCGCCUCCCGUGAAACCACCUUUUGAAGCAUCUAAUUUGAUUAAUCAAAUUCCGAUCAAGGCCGACGGCACUGGGUGGUAUCCAAGAAUGUUACGCAUGGCAGCCCUUAACGAGCCCUUCACGGGCGACAUGCACGGUGUCAGGGGUGCCGAUUACGCUUGUUAUCGACAAUCCAAGCGAGCCGGAUUUCGAGGGACAUUUAGAGCCUUUUUGAGUUCGAGGGUGCAAAACGUCGACAGUAUCGUGAGACUGGGGGAUCGAGAUCUGCCGAUCGUAAAUAUAAAGGGUGACGUUCUCUUCAAUUCCUGGAAAGAGAUGUUCAAUGGCAACGGGGCGUACUUCUCCCAGAGUCCAAGAAUCUAUUCGUUCAAUGGCAAGAAUAUACUAACGGACUUUUCAUGGCCUGAAAAAGUAGCCUGGCACGGAUCCCACAAGCUUGGCGAUCGGGCGAUGGACACCUACUGCGACGCCUGGCAUUCCAGCAGUUCCGAUCGUUACGGUUUGGCGUCCCCGUUGACAGGUGGUCGUCUUCUCGAGCAGGUACGUUACUCCUGCAACAACAAAUUCGCCCUACUCUGCAUCGAGAUCAGCAGCGAGCACGACAAGAGGAAACGUCGUAACGUCGACGACGACGUGGAUGAGGUCGAGUUGACGGAAGAGGACUACAAGGAACACCUGGAGGAGAUUAUGAAGAACUGAGUAGACGUAUCAUGAGAAGAAAAAAUAAUAUAAAAGGAUCACGAACGACGUACAAUAUACAGAAAAAUGAUCAUCGCUCGAAGAUGAAUCCUCGUUGGAUUCUUCGUCUCUGUAAAUUUUGAAACGUCGCUACAAUUUUUCUCUAUAUCCAUAAAGCGCAUAUCAUCAACGAGAUUUAUAAGCCUUCGCUCAAAAGAUACAUUUCAGUUUUAUCGAAAAAGACUGAUCGUCUCGAAGUUCGUCGUAAACGUUUCAUAUCAGCCAUUGUGUAUCCUUAAUAUGCUCUUAGAGAGGAACAAUUCACGAGAUUCGUUAUUGCGUGAAAUUUCAUAUAAAAGCUAGAAAAGGUUAACACGAUUCAGGGAGUCUGAUCUUUCUCUUGCGCGUCCUUAAGUGUACCCUGAAUCACGGUAAACGUCCAAGUACUUAGCACAUACAUUAUAUACACGCAUCUAUGCAAUUGUCCGGGAUAAAUGCAUCAUUCAAAUUGGAUAAUUAUACUUGCAUAUCGCACCCAACUGCAUGCACAUGACAAUUGUCAAAUCUGACUGAUACGUUUACAUAGUGAAUAUACAGCCCUGUAUACACGAAAAAAAAGGAGAAAAAAGUCUCGCCAAGAGAAGCUACUCUUGUAAUAGUGUAAUUUACUGUUUAAAUCGUAGAUGUUGAUUGAAGGAAACAGAACGAAAAACAAAAGAAACGAAAUAACCCGAAUGGAGGUCCUAUUCGAUGCAUUUACUAUUAUAGCAGGUACGUGAGUGUCUAUGUUAGGUAAUAAGCGAAGGUGAUUAUUGUAGAAUUGUGUAAUUCUAUAACUGCGUCUUGCCACGUGGAGCUACGGAUUUAUGCUCCCCGAACAGUCCUCGUGACUAUUAUUUAGCAAUUCCAUUACUUACGGAACGAUUGAAAUAAAUCGAUUAAUAUUAUCGUAGGA